UCAUUCGUAAAGAAGAUUCGCUCAGAUAAAAUGCCAAAAACGGACAGCAAACCGAAAGUUUACAACAGUCCGUGACUGAACGAGUGCCCGAACCUUUCUAGUCCUAGCUAGAAAACAUCAAUUUUGUGAAAAUGUACAGACUAACGUUCUUCGUCCUGCUGAUAGUUGGAGCAAUUUCAGCCGCUCGGAUAGAACGAUCACCGGACGGUGCCGACGCAGACGCAACCGUUCUCAGCCAGGAUUUGAUCCUCAACGGUGACGGCAGCUACGCUUUCAAUUACGAAACCAGCAACGGGAUCAAAGCGAUGCAGCGUAGCAGUGACGGCAUCAAUGCAAACGGCGAGUUCUCCUACCUCGGUCCGGACGGCAAGGAGUACCAGGUUAGCUACGUAGCCGACGAGAGGGGAUUCCAACCGAAGGGAGCCCAUCUGCCGCUGGAGCCGCCGGCACCGGACUACGUGAUCGAAAUGUUGGAAGACUUGCGGGCAACCAACAACGAGGACUUCGAUCUGGCUGCCCUGGAUGCGGCAAUAGCGAGGUUGAAAGCUACGCAUAGUUCAGCGUGAUGAGGGCGUCUAGUUUGUUAGGAUAGUUUUAGUUUUAAUUAUCUGCCGCGAGCUCUGCAAUUUUAGGGCUCGAUUGUAUUGAAGAACACAUUGUU